AACUCUAUGUGGACCAACAGGAGGUGACUGGAGUUGAAGGAGGGAGUGUCAUUGUAAAUUGUUACUAUAAUGACACUGGAAAUUGGAAGUGGUGGUGCAGGAUUGGGGGCAGUGACUCCUGUAUGUGGGGGAAUUCUGGGACUAUAGAUGGAACAUCAGUGACCCUACAGCAGACCACUGAUGCCACCAGAGGAAACAUCUUAACGGUGACUAUGAGUGAUCUGAAGAUGGAAAACACUGGCUGGUACAGUUGUGGAGGGGGAUACUUUAUAAUGACUGUUCACAUCACUGUCAGACGACAAACCACCACACAAAGUACCACCACUAUGACUACCACCCAAGCUCCAACCACAGAACAAUCCUCUUUCUCUCCAACUGCUGAGCCUGUUCAGACUGACAACACAGUCCAAGGACCUGAGGGGUGCAAGGAGAAGGACACCAUGAGUUCCAUAGAUCUAAAAGUCCUACUGAUUCCUCUGGGCAUGUUGGUGUUGGUGAUAUCUGGUGUCCUAGUCACAUGGAAGAUGUGGAGAAAGCAUAAGGACAAUAAGGCCAUGGACCAGACAACAAACACCUCAGUGCAGGACUCAUUUCCUGCCAAUGGUGAUGAUGUGACUUACAGCACGGUUGUCCCCAAGAGGAGGAACCAGCGAAAUGUACAGACCAAGGCAGAACCAGAUGAUAAUGUGGUCUACAGCUCACUAGCCCUAUACCACACAGAACAUGCCUGUAUUGUGCACCAAACUACUUUCUUUCGAGCAGAGGACAGCAACACAGCAGUGACUGACUGAGUGAAGAUCUUGGUCCUAAAGAGCCAUCAUCCUGGAAGGACAGCCCACUCCCCCUCCGUGUCACAACAUGAGUCAUGACUAUCUAUCUGCCUCCAAUAUGCUUCUUCCCACACCUCCUAACCCACCCCUGCCUCCUUGUUGUGUCCAUAAACUACUGAAGACAGUCUGCUGUGCUUGUUUUGAUUAUCACCACAUAUCUGUUAUAUUAGUUACUGUAUGUCCCGCCCACCUGCUCCAAUGCCCUUUUCCCUUGUCAGA